AGUUUUUUUGUUUUUUUAAAUGCCCUUAAAAUUGACUGCCAGCUGGUGAAACUCCCCAUGAGGCCAAGAGAUAGAGCAAGAGUUAUAGAUGCCGCUUUUGUUAAAAGAAGACAUAACUCGACUGACUGAUCGCAAGGAGCUCUGGGCAGUUCUGGGAAAGUGUGGAGCUGAUUUGCAGCAGCAGCAGCAGAGAGAAGUUGCAGCUUCCUAUGCCCAAAAUGCCAAAGUGAUUGAAAAGCAGCUGGAAAGAAAGGGCAUGAGCAAGAGGAGACUGCAGGAGUUGACUGAGUUGAAAGCCAAGAUGAAAUGGACGCUAAUUGACAACCAGUUCAAAUAGAAGAGGCAUCAGCCAUGAGGCUGACAGUGUGAAAGGCCAUCUUGCCUGACACUUUGGAUUGCUAAGAAGAGCGGUGACGUUUAAGGUUGGAUCCCUGCCUUCUGAUGCAGCUUCACUUCUUGUCAUUUAUGGAACAGAAAGAAGACAUGAACAAGGGAUUUACCAGCAGGGAAAUAGCUUCUCAUACCAAAAGAUUCCAUUCCAAUACAUUAGAGAUGAUCUUUCAUAUGUUCACAGCUCAAGUAAAAAUAAAAAUACACUGCCCUUAAGUUCAGUGUUGUUGAUUUUACUGCAUUGAUUGAUGUCCAGUGCUUACUCCCUUGACUCUUGGUUUGAGUACCUUUUGCUUUAGUUUUGUAAAUAUGUGGAACAAUUUGAAACCGAUAACAAAUGGAAAAAUAUACUGGAAAUGUAUACCAAGUACUGGACAUCUUCAAGAGAAAUCUGUUUAGUUUUACAGGACAUGUAUCAGGUUCUGAUAUUGGUGUCAUUAAAAACGAAUAACUUUGGCUGUAACUAGGGACGCAAAAAAUCCUCUAUUUUGGGAGUCGGCUUAAUCCCGUAUGUUUGAUGGAGGAUUCAACCAUAUCCCAAACCAAUUCAGGAUUCAGUGCAUCCCUACUUAAACAUACUUUUGGUAACACCAUUGUUUUUUUGUUUUUUUUAUUGUUUCAGCUUCACUGAACUGAAUCAUGAUCAACAGUGAACACCAAGUGGUCUUACUGCCAUGUCGUCGGUUAAAAGGAAUCUUGACUGCUAGGCAGACUUUCAACUCAACAGAAGGCCCAGAAUGUGAGAACGAGCAUUUAAAAACAAGACAAAGAUUUUACCAUUCAGAGCAAACUUAACAAGACCAAGUGAGUAAAUAUAAAACUUUCUAGCUGCAACGUUGUUUGAUCUAUUAAAGGGGAAACACAUUUGUUAUAUUGGUGAUACGUGUUUGACAGUUUUAAUGGAUGCCUGUUGCUAACCACUUUUUAUUUUUCAUGAUGAACAAAAAAUCACAAAAAAUCACUGACUUCAUUGCCAUUCAAGGGAAAACUCCUUUUUGGCCUGGAUCUUGAUAAGAUUAUCAGUCAAGCCACAGGGGGAAAGAGUACUCUACUCUCCCAACCAAAAGCACGAUUUUCCUUUCAAAGAGGAAAGUUUUUUUGUCCAUCACAGAGCAAAAAUACAAGACACGCCCCGCCAUGCCACACUAUCUCUAAUAGAGGACGAUUCGGGAGCAAUGCCAGACCUGCCUGGCAAGGACACAAGCCAUCGACCAGAACAACGGAUAAGCCCAAUACCACAUGACGGGGGGCUACCGGUGAAGGGGGCACCUCUGGGGGGGAUGUUAUUGCUAGCCACCUCAGUGAAUAACUCAAGUCUACCACCUAGAAUUCUACCCCCACAACAUUUUUUCAUGUCAAGGUUCCCAAAAGAGCCAACAAAGCGAACUGCAUUCCAAGGCAUACUGAAUACUCAGUUCCAGGCAGGGGUCAUUGCCACAGUUUCCCCAACGGAACAGUUAUGGGGCUGCUAUUCGAAUCUUUUUGUGAUUCCCAAAAAGGACGGAUUGGCUCGAUCUGUACUAGACCUGAAAGAGCUCAACAGAUUCAUACGUCCAAGAAAAUUCAAAAUGGAAUCUUUGCGCUUCAUCAUUGCAGCAAUGACCCCAGGACAAUUUCUAGCCUCUCUAGACAUUUGCCAAUAUUCCCUCUACAUCAAAAGUAUAUACGUUUUGCCAUACAAAACCACCACUACCACUACCAAUUCAAGGCACUCCCCUUCAGUCUGACCUCAGCUCCACGGGUCUACACAAAAAUCAUGGCUGUCACAACAGCAGAGGUACGACAAACUGGAGUUUCCAUAACCCUGUAUCUUGACGACCUGUUAAUCAAGGCCUCUUCACUAGUGAAAGCAGAAGGAGCAAUCCAGUUAGCCAUGUGCAAGCUAAAACAAUUCGGAUGGACCAUCAAUCUGAAAAAGUCAUCUUUAACACCCAGCCAGUCUAUGGUGUUCCUUGGACUACUAUUCUACACGCAGGCCCAGACAGUGAGACUUGAGACCCGUAUCCUCAAGAAAAAGGGGUUCUCGGACGCAGUGAUCUCCUCCAUGCGAGCUGCACAAAAGCCAACGUCAGCCAGAGCAUAUUACAGGGUGUGGAAUAGCUACAAACAAUUGUGCCUUAAAAACAAAGUGAACUUUGAAGUGUUUUCCAUGACUAAUCUUUUGGAAUUUCUCCAAGAAGGAGAGUCACUAGGCCUUUCCCUCUGUUCCCUCAGAUCUCAGAUUUCGGCUCUCUCUGUCCUAUUCCAGAGAAGGUUAGUACUCUUAUCUGACGUUAAGAUCUUCCUUCAGGGCGUUGCACAUGUAGUCCCCCCGUUUUGUAAACCAGUGGCAACAUGGGAUCUCUCCUUGGUCCUAAAAGCACUUCAGAAAGCUCAAUUUGAGCCUCUAGCAACGAUACCUCUACAGUCGGUAACAUGGAAAACUGUCUCCUUAAUCGCCUUUGCCUUGGCGAGGUGAGAUUCAGAGAUCAUCUCUCUAUCCUACCAAAAACCAUUCCUUACCUUUCAUUCCGAUAGAGCAGUGCUGCUCACAGUACCCACCUUACUACCAAAGGUGGUUCAGCAUUCCAUAUUAAUCAGGAAAUAACCAUUCCCACAUUCUGUCCAUCUCCAUCCAAUCCCAAGGAGGCAGCACUUAAUUCCUUGGAUCCAGUACAUGCACUGAAAUUCUAUCUGCACAUGGUUCAUGAUAUCCGAAAAAAAGAUUCACUCUUCGUUCUCAAUUCCGGACCACAAAAAGGAGCGGCUGCAACAAAGACAUCCAUUUCCAGAUGGAUCAAACAGACUGCACACAGAGCAAAUGUAGCACAAGGAUUGACACCUCCAGACAAGAUAAAGGCCCACUCCACCAGAGGGAUGAGCACGACCUGGGCCUUCCGAAAUCAGGCUUCAGCAGAACAACUGUGCAAAGCAGCCACGUGGACUUCUCUCCAUUCCUAUGCAAAAUUCUACCAUUUUGAUACUUUUG